AUGCGUGAAUUUAAAGUAGUGGUUUUGGGUAGUGGGGGGGUGGGUAAAAGUGCUCUCACGGUUCAAUUCGUGAGCGGUUGUUUUAUGGAAAAAUACGAUCCGACGAUAGAAGAUUUUUACAGGAAAGAAAUCGAAGUGGAUAAUUCUCCAUGCGUUCUCGAAAUACUGGACACUGCGGAACGAGAGAUCGAUCGAUAUAUCGAUAUAUCGAUUCAUUGCCCAGAUCGAACGCGAGUGUACGUGUGA